ACAUUUAUUUUAGAAUUCGCCGCUUUAUUAACUCGUGUGGUCCUAGGAUUUGCAAUUUCAUCCACAACUGUUUCAAAAAAUAUCAAUUUGAAUACAUUAUUUAUUAAAUAGUUCUUAAAAAUGGAUAAAAACAGCGCUGCGUUGGUGAAGAAAUUACAAUCAGAGCUAGAAGCUUAUCAAAAUCUUCAGAAAACCUGUGUUAAACUGGUAAAACAGCGUACACUUCUUGAAUCGCAAUUAAAUGAGAAUAAAUGUGUGCUGGAUGAAUUAAAUCUCCUUGGUCCCGAUAAUAAAGUGUACAAGUUAUAUGGACCCGUUUUAGUGAAGCAGGAUCUGGAGGAAUCACGUCAAAAUGUUGGCAAACGUAUAGAAUAUAUCUCGAAAGAAUUGAAAAGCUCAACCGAUACAUUGGAGAAUAUGGAAAAAGAUAUGACAAAGCAUCGUGAGACAGUACAAAAGUUGCAACAACAAUAUCAAGUUGCAGCAGCAAUGAAAUAAGAAUAAGUAGAGAACACCAACCAUUUAUAAAACCGAAAACUGCAGAUGAUCUAAAAGAAAUACAUAACUCAUCAAGAUUAAUGGUUGUCAGCAUUUUUAUCCGUAUUUUAAUUUAAGUACUUUAUUUAAUUCUUAAAACUUUGAGUUUAUUUAUGGAAUAUUAAAAAAUGUGUUGAUUCUACCCCA